GAUUUAUUGUGAAAGUCUUGACGGACCGGAAGCUGUUAGCUGAGCGCUGUGACCUGCUCGUGUCCUCCAGCGGGCGUUUAAGGACAACCAGGAGCGCCAGAAAUAAAACCCAAACAUGGUUUUCGAGGAGAAGAUGAUCACGAACGGAGAGCCCGAGGAUGAGGAGGAAGAAGAGGAGGAAGAGGAAGACAUGGUGGAUCCUCUCGAUACGAUGCGAUCGAUGUGUGAAGAGGCGGAGCACUGCGUUCACACUCGGGAGCGUCUGGAGGAGUGCGAGACCAGAGUUGGCUCACGGUCUUCGACGAUGGAAGAUUGUACUGAGGAGCUGUUUGACUUCCUGCAUGCUCGUGACCACUGUGUGGCGCACAAACUGUUCCAUUCAGUCAAAUGAAGUCCUCCCUGAUGGUUGCACUACCGGCUGACGGCAUUCUUCAAAUAUUGUACCUAUGAAGCUAACAUGGUUUUAAAUACAUCCAUAUGUGGAUCUGCUGUAUGUUGUAACUUAAAAUAAAUGUAUGCUUUGCUGUAUUUGCUCAUGUGAGGGGGGGGAAGAAAAGAAAGUAUUGAACAAGGUAGUCUGAGUCAACAGUUCAUUAAAGUUGGUGGCUUCAAAACCUUAA